CGCUUCCAGAUGCGGCACUGCGGCCACCUGCUGCCGCGGGAGGCGCCACGCGACUGCGACCCUCGCGUGGAAAGUUUCAACCCAGACAUCUGGCAGCGGCAGGUGCUGGAUGCCAUCGACGCCCGCUCCUCGGCGCUCAUCGUGGCCCCCACCUCCAGCGGCAAGACCUUCAUCAGCGCCUACUGCAUCAACAGCGUGGUGCUGAGGGAGGACGACCCCGAGGGGCGCGUCGUGUUUGUGGCGCCUAACAGGGCGCUGGUCAACCAGGUGGCGGCGCAGAUGUACCGCGAUUUCGAGUCGGUGGUGACCGGCGUGUUCACACGGGACUACAUGCACAAGGUGGAGAGCAGCCGCAUUCUAGUGACCGUGCCCGCCUGCCUGGAGAUCCUGCUGCUGGGCCCCACCAGCCAGGAGUGGGUGUCCAAGGUUCGCUAUGUGGUCCUGGAUGAGGUUCACUGUAUGCGGGAAGUCAACCUGGGGGAGGGAGGCAGCCGGGACGGCACCGGCAGCACCUGGGAGCACAUCCUGCUGCUGCUGCGCUGCCCCUUCCUGGCGCUGUCUGCCACCAUUGGCAACCCUCGCGAGUUCUGCGACUGGCUGGCGUCGGUGAAGCAGCUGCAGGCGGAGCAGGAU